CGUUCACCCUCUCCCCUCGCAGAGUGCCAUCCACAGAGCAAAAGUACAGACAGGGUGCAAGAAAGUGUGCGAAGCGUGUGUUUACGUGAAUGUAUGCCUGACAACGUGGAGAGAACCAAAGCCCAUCCGUUGAAGUUGUUCACAGCGGAAACACCACCACAAUCAAGGAGCGUCUCGAGGAGCACCUGAGGGAUUAAAACUUUAACUAGCGAAGAAGUUAAGGUUUUUAUUGCCAGUCUCCUCGCUCGCCCGGUGGUGUUAAUGGGAGAACAUGAACGAGAGUAAACAAGUGAAAUAAGAAGGGUCCAAUUCAGUCCCAGUCUGCCUGAGUUUCGCGCCGUGGCACAGAAGAGAAUUUCGCCGUAUUUUUAGCAUCCUCUAUUUUCCCUCUCCUCCCUUUUCCUCCCUCUCUCUUUCUGUGAAAACGGACCUGGCGAUACAGCUGCGAGUCUCGCGCUUCUCCGGUGGAUCUCUGUGGAUGUGUGACGAUGGAUUAACUGUAUUAAACUGGGCCCCAAGUAUCUCCGGUCCUUCACGAGACCUUCGCUGUCACAUCAGUUCCCUUACCCAGUGGGACCGCUUGGCAAAAAUCUACGCCAUACAUUGUGUGGAUUACGGACCAGGCUCUUUCCAUCACAGUUAGCGCUCGAGAUGACCGCGGAAUAUGUUUUACGGUCCCUGUUGAUGCUCUUCCUCGCGCUGCUCUCAGCAAACGCAAGUAACUGGCUAUACCUGGCUAAGCUUUCAUCGGUUGGCAGUAUCAGUGAUGAGGAGACGUGUGAACGCCUGCGGGGACUCAUUCAGAGACAGGUGCAGAUCUGUAAGCGCAGUGUGGAGGUGAUGGAUGCAGUGCGCCGCGGGGCUCAGCUAGCCAUAGACGAGUGUCAGUUUCAGUUCCGGAACCGCAGGUGGAACUGCUCCACCCUGGAGACCAUGCCUGUCUUUGGCAAGGUGGUCACGCAAGGCACUCGGGAGGCAGCCUUUGUUUAUGCCAUCUCAGCAGCCAGUGUGGCAUUCGCCGUGACCCGCGCCUGCAGCAGUGGGGAGCUGGAAAAAUGUGGCUGCGACCGCAACGUCCACGGAGUCAGUCCAGAGGGGUUCCAGUGGUCAGGCUGCAGUGAUAACAUCGCAUACGGAGUGGCCUUCUCCCAGUCCUUCGUCGACGUGAGGGAGAGGAGCAAAGGACAGUCUUCCAGCAGAGCGCUCAUGAACCUACACAACAACGAGGCCGGGAGGAAGGCGAUCCUGAGCCACAUGCGCGUGGAGUGUAAGUGUCACGGGGUGUCCGGGUCCUGCGAGGUGAAGACCUGCUGGAAGGCCAUGCCCCCGUUCCGCAAGGUGGGCAACGUCAUUAAGGAGAAGUUCGACGGCGCCACCGAGGUGGAGCAGCGCAAGGCGGGGACCACCAAGGUCCUGGUUCCGCGGAACUCCCAGUUCAAACCGCACACGGACCAAGACCUGGUCUACCUGGACCCCAGCCCCGACUUCUGCGACCACGACCCGCGCACGCCGGGCAUGCUGGGCACGGCGGGGCGGCAGUGCAACCGGACGUCGAAGGCCAUCGACGGCUGCGAGCUGAUGUGCUGCGGCCGGGGCUUCCAGACGGAGGAGGUGGAGGUGGUGGACAGGUGCAGCUGCAAGUUCCACUGGUGCUGCUAUGUCAAGUGCAAGCAGUGCCGCAAGAUGGUGGAGGUUCACACCUGUCGGUGACGGCCGCGGAGAACCCCGGCGGAGACCCAGGACGAUCGCCAGUCACGCCACACCCUCUCCCUCCUCGCCCGCGCGUGGGGGGCGGGACGGGGAGGAGGGAGCGAGUGGGAGGGAGGGAGGCAGGGGUGGCUUUGUGGUUUUUCCCUCCCCUUUGUGUCAACGCCACCCCAAUGAUACGCAUCGACGGGAUGUACACAACUAAAAUGGCAGAUGUUUACCGGGUCCCGACGGAGGAUUCACACCCUCACCCCCUGUGUCCUCACCCCCUGUGUCCUCACCCCCUGUGUCCUCACCCUCUGUUGAUUCUCAUUCUUGUGGUUACGUUUGUCUAUACUUUUUUGUUUUUGUUCAUUUUCACACGUUUUGUUCCUUAACUUAUUUCACGUGGAUGUGAGUGAAUCAGAGGGUGAGGUGGGCGAAGGGGGAGACCGGACUGAAGGGGAGAGAGGGGGACUGAGGAUGGGGCAUGUCGGACCUGGGGAAAGGCGAUGG